CCUGAACACGGACUGCUUUCUCUCCUUGUUGCGAGUCAUCGGAGGAUUGCGCAAGCUCAACCUGGAAAGCAUAAGGAUGCUAGAUUCGUCGAGCAAGCUUCCUGCUGGCAUUCUAGAGGGCACGGUAACGGACCUAGGCGACUACGACACCUGUCUGAACCUGAGCUUCCCCGACCGCUUCGAUAACCAGGUGGAAGACUUCCGAGGACAGUACUGUGGGGUGGCCAUCCGAUUCCCGCUGCCCCAGAAACCUGAGGUCAUUCGACAUGGCGCCGUCAUUGUGAACCCCGCUGGAUUUCCCAACACCAGCGUUAUCAAGUACCUGGCCCGCAAGUCCUACACCCUGUACCACACUUUCAUCCGCUUAGGCCUCUGCCUUCCUAGUCAUUGCACAGAAGAGGAUGUACAAAAACUCAUCAGUCCAAUUAAGACAUACCUUCACCUCAACGCCACGGUGCUCAACUGCCAAGUUCGACAAGACAACCACAUGAUGAACAAAGACCAGGUAGCCGCAAUAGCGAUUAUUGGCUUCUUCGUCGUGAUAAUCUUGCUGGCCACCAUGGCCGACAUAGGCUACCGGCUGUUUGAAAACUGGAGAUGCCACGCUUAUAUGAAAAAGCCGAUGGUACAGUCGCUGGUGGACAUGUCCCUCCUGAGAGCCACCCAGAAGCUGCUUACCGUAAACACCCCUGAUGACCGCCACAACAGGAACCUGCAGGCUGUUCACGGCAUCCGCACGUUCAACGUCUUCUGGAUUGUCGUCGGGCACACCUAUGCCUUCGCCGAGCAGACCACGUACCGCUCGGGAAAUAACAUUCUGAGUAUGGCUGGAAAUGUGCUGUUCCAGCCCGUGAUCAACUCAUUCCUCUGCGUCGACUCGUUCUUUUUUCUUAGUGGAUUCCUCCUCACUUUCAACCAGUGCAAGGUUCCCGUCAGGACGGCGCCCGUGGUUGACUUUCUUGGUAAACUUCUGGCUCGUUACUGGAGGUUGGUGCCGGUGGCUGCAGGUGUGCAUGACGGUGCCUGUUUCUGCUUCCGGAGCUGGCGUCUGGUCCGAUCUGGAACGAGAAGGUGGCACGGGCCAUCGGCAACUGCCACCGCUCCUGGUGGUCCGUGCUGCUCAACAUACACAAUUUCUACUCCUACGAGGAAUCGUGUCAACCCCACUACUGGUACAUCAGCGCUGACCUACAGAUAUUUCCUGUGGUGCUUGUGACAUCUAUACUUAUGGCCAGGAACGUCAAGCUGGGCGUCAUCAUCUCUGCCAGCAUCCUGGUCGUAAGCGUCGUGGUGGUUGGUGCUCUCACGUAUAUCAACAGCUACCCGCCAGCCAUUCUGCUACUCGGCAAGGACGUGCU